AUGGUAUGCAAGAGUCGCGAGGUGGUGGACUUCUGCGUUUUCAACGAUAUGGUUUUGAUAACCAGAGAGAACGAGAUUGUUUAUCAGGCGUCCUUCAGCGACCUGUUUGUGAAGGACGUUUCCGAGGGCGACAAGCCGCAGUUGGUAUUGAUGACGUCCAGACAGUCUAUCGAUGUCAUGUUGAGUUCGACGAAAAAAAAAAUAGCGUUGCUUUCCAAGUUGGACUCGGUGAUUGCCAAGUGGAUGUCUCUUCGACCCGUUAAUCGAAAUGCGCGCGUCAUGGCCGGUUUUCAGCUGUUGAGCGAGAACCUUGACGCGGUUAUGCCGUUGGUUUCCAGAGACUGGACCGGCAGUCGAGUGAACAAAGGUCAAUAUGUCGCUCCGAGGGCCAUCACCGACGUCUCGGCGGACGCCUCGUCCAGCGUGGAGUUGGCUCCCUACGCCUCUGCCGCGACUAGUUUUCAAGAUCUGUCAGAGUUGCUGAACCUGGCGAAGAACGAGUUGAAGAGUCAGCGAGACAGGAUUGAUCGCAAGAAUUUUCUGAGUCGGUACAAGUUUUUGGGCUCGAAUGAAGAGGAGUCCUACACUAUGAUUAUGAGUUUGGCUCUGAGUCAGAAGGAUAAGAAGUCGUUUUUUUUUGGGUACAAGAGGAGGUGGCGAUACCAGCGGAACUUCAACAGUUUGAACAAAUCUCUCAUGCACAACAUGUCGCUGGAUCCCAGCAAGAAGAUCAACUAUAUUUUGAUGGGUCGGGUCAGGCCGUCCAUGACGAUCGAGCAGGCUAAGAAGCAGUUCUACAACCAGGUGAAGGAGUCUCCGUGGGCGAACCUGUUUAAGUUGCGGCCCUUGUCGGAGUACGUGGUUGGCAUUAAGGACAUGGACUGUUAUUUUGUGGACGAGAGCGUUUGCUUGAACCAGAUGCCGUCUUUGUUGAAGAUAGCCGCGACGACGCUCGUGACUCCCAUUUUGAAGCUCACUGCAGCGGCCGAAUUUUCCGGGGCGGAGGGGGGCGGUCAGAUUGGUCCUCACUUGAAUGGGAUUUCUGGCGAGAGGGACGUGUUGGUCAUCAACCCCGGGGUGCUUUACGACGCGCUUUCGCUGAUAGGGGACACGAGGCCGUUUUUGAACGCGAAUACGCAGGAGGCGACGGAGUUUCGCCAGAAGCAAGCGAUAGAGAGGAUACAGCUGAUGCUGGACAAGAAGAGCCUGCAGAGCGCUGGGCAGUUGCCCAGCGUCAUAUGGCCUGAAUACAGGGGGUUUGAAAUUUUGUCUUCCAAGAUACCGAUGAAGGUGACGUUGGACGUUUACUUGCCCUAUUGCAAGGACGAGAAAUACACGAUGCAGGUUCUUUCGGACGCGACGGUCGAGUCGAUUUACCAGAUCGUUUUUAGUCACGUGUACAACCGCGAGAGGCACAGGACGAGGAAGCGAAUUACGAAGUUCAUGAAGCGAAUUAUCGAGAUGGACGGAAGUGAUUCUUCUUCUGACAUUAGCGACCAGGACAUGAGGAACUAUUUCGACCGGUACAUUUCGAGCAUACACGGGGGUACGGUGGAGAAGAACAGCGUGCCGCACGCGCACCCGAAGGUGGAGUUGGAGGAUUCCGACAACAAGGGCGCGCAAAGUGACCGUGUCAACUUGAACUUGCCCGCGCACGGGAGUUUUGGUCGGGCCAGGGGUAGUCGCGUGCAUUUUGGAGAGGAGGCGGAGAAGAGGGAGGGGUUGCCGGACCAGGUCGUGGAGAGCGACGCGUACGCCGACCAGGCUAGGAACGCGAGCAGCCGAAGUUUUCAUCAUUCCAUAUCGGUGCCGCCUAGCAAGAAGUCGAUUUUUUCGAUCGUUUCGAACUCCAAGUUGUCGCAUUUGCUCAGGCCGUCGGAAGAGGUGGUCGAGCACGCUGAAGUCAAGAAGCAGGGGCGUCGAGCGCACAGGGGCGAGGAGCGUCAUUACCAGAACGACCUCUUGUCUGCUCAGAUACCGAAUUCUAUGUAUUUAGACGGGAAGCACGUGCAGAAUUCGAAGUUGGGGGAGUUGCCGCCGGAGCUGUUGCAGAGAGACGGCAAGUUUUCGGAGAAGGCGAGGGGAGUUGGUGGCGACGAGGUGGACGACGGCGAGUUGCGCGCGAGGGUCAGUUCGAAGCGGGCGAGGGUGAAGGACGUGGCGGACAGGCUGGGCCAACACCUUGAGGGGAAGGCGGAGGACUCGCAUCCGUCGGAUCCGCCGGGCGCGAGUCACCAGCAUCGCCGCCACGUGCAGGAGGAUGUUUUGCAUGCCCAGUCUACGAGGGGCGGGGGGUCGGCGAGAGAGGAGGGUCAGCGCUCGAAGUCGCAGGCGUUUCUGGCGCCGUCGGCGGUCGACAACGGGAGCCAGGCGGAGCAGUCGGAGGCGGGGUCGGAAGUGAUUGCGGAGUCGGACGCGAGCGGGGGGACCGAUAACCCGAACGAUGAGAACGCGGAUGGCGGGACGAAUCGGAAAGAGAAGAAGAAGGAGGACAAGCUGAAGAAGCAGAACAAGGAGAAGAGUCGGCAGAUGAAGAAGGAGCAGGAGCGACAGAUCAAGGAGGCGAAGCGAGCGUACAAGGAGUACGAGAAGAUGGUGAAGAAGAAGGACCAGAAGCUGAAGAAGGAGAUUGAGAGGACCAAGAAUCAUUGUUUGCACAACGGAAAAUACGUGGACGACUUCAUUCUUAAAGUGAACAGGGCGAGUGAGUUUUUGCUGCCGACGAAUCCGAUGAGGCACGACCGUCAGUCGUACUUGUAUGACUACGAUUACGUGCGACGGUGCAUCAACAACCAGACUCACGUGGAGCUCCGUUUUGUAGAAAAGAGCAGCGUGUUGUCGAUGGCCGGAGAGAAUUCGCCCGACAUCGAGAACUUGGCGGCGGACUACGCGAUUUGCAAGGUGACGCCGAGUCCUCGUUCGAUGCAGAUUUUGGACACGAACAACAACUGCGACAUAGUGGUGGUGAGCGCUGGAGAGGAGGGCAAGCGCUGGUGCACGAUGGAGUCGACGGACACGAUCGAGUUGUCGGUGGGGGAGGACAGUUCGAAGUUUACGCCGUUUUUUUCGGCGUUUGACGAGGAAAAUUCUCCGUACAAGGUCAAGAUUUACGACUGCGAGGAGGUGGAGGGCAACGUGGCGGCGCACGGCCGGUUGUUCGUGUCGGUGUCGAUGUACUACGGGAAGACGCGAUACGCGAAGGUGCUGACGAAGCAGGUGCGGCACUCGUCGAAGCCCACGUGGGACGAGGAGCUGGAGUUCAUAAGCAUGAGGAGCUUGCCUCGCGAGACGAAGUUGGUUUUUUCGCUGUACCUGCGCACAGACACGAGGAACGCGAGCAACCGGGUGCUGGGGGACGACGUGCCGCUGGGGUGGGUGAGCGUGAUGGUGUUCGAGUAUCGGGGGAGGAUAAGGCAGGGGUUGAGCGUGCUUCGGAUGUGGCCGGGGAGGUCGGACCCGUGCGCGGUUUGCAGCGAGAAUUUGGUGAAUCCGAAGCCGACGUUGUUGUACGUGGAUUUGUACAGCAACAGGAGUUCGUUCAAGGUGCCGAUGUCGAGCAAGAAGAACUAUUUUUCGAGCGUGGGUCACUUGUUCCAGACGCUGGCGACGUCGUUGGAGUUGAGGGAGACGGAGAGUUCGGUGUCGUCUUACUUGGCGGUGUCGGACGCGCCGAUGGAGGUGACGCACGAGAAGGUGGAGCCGAAUUCGGAGGAGCAGGAUUUUUUUUUCAGGUUGGCGCAGGACGUGAUGUGGACGCGUUUCCGACAGGAGGAGUUGCCGUUGCUGUGGAAGUUUCGCAAUUGGAUUCGGAGGCAGUUGCCGGAGCUGUUGCCGAAGGUGUUGCUGGCGGUUGACUGGCGAGAGAGGGCGAUGGUUAGGGCGUUGUACGAGGCGCUGGACGCGUGGCCGAAGUUGCCUUUGUUGAUAACGCUGCAGCUGCUGGACCACCAGUUUCCGGACCAGGUCGUGCGGACGUUUGCGGUGAAUCGGUGCCUUGCCAACAUCAGCAACAGCGAGAUUUACCUCGUCUUGCCGCAGUUGAUCCAGGCGCUGAAGUUCGAGCCGUACCACAUCAGCGCAUUGUGUCAGUUGUUGAUGAGUCGGGCCUAUUGGGGAGGGAAGAGGGUGAUGUCGGCGCUGUUUUGGCAGUUGAGGUGUGAGUUGAUGAGCGAUCAGACGGCGGGUGAGAGGCUUUCGUUGGUGAUAGAGGCGGCGGUGCGAGUGUGUGGCAGCAGGAUGCGUUCGCAGUUGAUUUCGUCGAUGUACACGGUGGAUUGUUUGAGGCGUAUUGCGGUGAACAUCAAGCUGCUGAAGGGGAGUUUGGCGUUCAAGACAGCGAAGUUGAAGGACUAUCUCCUGGAGGUGAAGUGGCCGGAGCAGUUUUGUUGUCCGGUGGAUCCCUGCAUAGAGUGCACGGGCUUUGAGUACGGUCAGUGCAGAGUUAUGGGGAGCAAGACGUUUCCGUUGUUUUUGACGUUCCAGACGAAGGAGGUGGCGACGAGCGAGCCGCUGCAGAUUAUCUACAAGGUUGGCAACAACUUGAAGCAGGACAUGUUGGUGCUGCAGGCGAUCAACGUGAUAGAUCGGAUUUGGAGGUCGGAGGGGUUGAACCUUUGUCUGAAGUACUACAGCUGCGUGCCGUUCGACCCGGAGUGCGGAAUCAUCGAGGUGGUGGCGAACGCGAGGACCACGUCGGACAUCAACAUCGAGUUUGGCGGGCUGCGAGCGGUAUACAGCGACUCGACGCUACUGAAGUGGCUCCAGAAGCAGAAUCCGGUUGAGAGCGCGAUGAAGAAGGCGGUUGUGAACUUCAUUUAUUCGUGCGCGGGAUACUCGGUGAUCACGUUCAUUUUGGGGUUCGCGGACCGCCACAACGACAACAUCAUGCUGUCGAAGCAGGGGCACAUUUUCCACAUCGACUUCGGGCACGUGCUGGGACACUACAGAAAGGUGUUGGGGACAUACGUGGACAAGACGAACUUCGUCUUCACGAAUCAGUAUUACACGAUCAUCGGAGAGCAGAACAUUUCGGAUUUCGAGGGGAUCUGCUACGACGCCUACAACCUUCUCCGCAAGCACAGCAACAAGAUUUUGAUUUUGUUUUCUCUGAUGUUGAAUCAGGGGCUGCCAGAGCUGAGCAGCAAGGCGGACGUGGAAUUCAUAAAGGACCGGUUGCAGCUGGAUUUGACUCAAGAAGAGGCCAAGCUCUACUUCAAGGAGAAGCUUCGAGAAAGCAGCGAGAACUCGACCAUCAAGUUGAACCACGCGUUCCACGUGGUUUACAGCGGCAUGCGCAACUAGGGGGGUGGCGAUUCCUGGCGUAGCUGGAGACGGCGCGCCCGCGCUCGGGGGCCUGGGGGCAGCUCGGGCUCGGCGUUAUAUUAUUGUGUAUAUAAGGUGCGUUUGUGUAUAUCAGAGGAUUGAAAUUUUUAGUUUUGAACCAAUAAAAUUUCUCAAAAUUGGUCUAAAAAGGCAAGAGCGCAUUUUGUAUUAGGGGGUCUUUCUCUCCGUUGCGUACAAGCGAUAGCUGGCGACGCGCCGUGGUUUUUUUUUCGCGAGACGGGGUUUGAAACUUGCGGCGAAGGCGCCGGCGAUGAGAAGGUGGCGGCGAGUCGGCCUCGGACGCGGCACGCGCGGCGUCUGGAGCGGAGGGGCGUUGCGAGCAGUAUCUGGGAAGGCGGGGGUGGUUUUUUGGUCGGCUUUUGAUGUUGGCAAGACGCAGAGAGUUGUACGAGGGUUUGGAGAUUUCGACUCGAGUUGCUCGCGGCGAAGGGGUGGAAAAAGCGCGUUGGAGGGCGAAGCCGCCAGGUAUGGAGGGAUCCUCUUCCCGACAAGGUUGCAGGAAGUGCUCUUGAUCGAGACGGUUCAAAAAAAUGCAUGGGAUUUCGCGUCUGGAAGCGCGAAAAACAAAUUUUGGUCCGAAAAAACCGAACUAGAGCGGCUUUGGCAGAUGGUUGGGGGGAGAGAGGCGGAGGUCGAUGACGACGUGCGUCGUGCGUGCGACGAACGCUUCGCGUCUCGAGUGACUGUGGGUUUCGGCAAACGCGCGCGCGAGGGGAGCGAGACGCAGCGUUGUUGAUGGGGACGCCGAGGAAGGAGCCUUUUUUUUCGAGACGUACUUUUCACUGGCGAUCAGAGCGCAGAGGGGGUGGAGAGAGGGGCCCGUCCUCGACGUGCGCGCGAAAAAAAAUGGCAGGCGCGAGUGAAAAAGGCAUCGGCUUCUGAACUCCUUUUCUCAAGAAUCCUAAGUGCAUCGUCGAGCAAAGAAUUCGGCCGAUGACCGAGUCGAAGGGCAGGAGAGCGCCGGUUUGGGGUUUUUUUGUAGCGCGGCGUGAAGGAGGGCUCGGGCUUGUGGCGCGACGCCAGCUGGAGCGCGGGGCUUGCCGUGUGACACACACCGGGCGUUCCACAAAAUU